AUGGAGAUAAACCCUAAUGUGAGAGAUGGAAGGGAUCUUGAGAAUCUUGAGUCAAACCGGGAUCUCAAGCCACAAAUGACUACUGGAAAGGCAGGUGCAUACACUUACAAUAUACAUUUCUGGUUGGGAAAAGAUGCUAAUCAGGAUGAAGCUGGAGCAGCAGCUGUAAAAGUUGUUGAGCUUGAUUCAGUUCUUAGCAAUCGUGCAGUAGAGUAUCGAGAACUUCAAGGUCAUGAAUCUAAUAGGUUUUUGUCAUACUUUAAACCAUGUUUAAUUCCACCUGAGGGAGGUUUUGGAUCUGAAGUCAAAACACCCGAAGAAGAAGAAGCUGAACCACGGUUGUACACAUGUAAAGGAAAACGAGUUGUCAGAUUGAAACAGGUCCCUUUUACGCGCUCCACCCUGAAUCAUGAUGAAAUGUUCAUAUUGGACACUAAAGAUAAAAUCUUUAUGUUCAAUGGGGCCAACACGAAUGUUCAAGAAAGGUUCAAAGCAUUAGAUGUUGUUAAGAAUAUGAAGGAAAUAUAUCAUGAGGGAAACUGCAAUGUUGCAAUUGUUGAUGAGGGAAAGCUACAAUCAGAGGGGCCAUCAGCUGAAUUUUGGGCCCUCUUUGGUGGAUUUGCUCCUAUAGGCGGCAAGAAAGUAUCAAGUGAUGAUGAUAUAAUUCCUGAAAAAACUCCCCCCAAACUUUACUGCAUUGUUAAAGGUCAAUUUCAGGAAAUAGAAGACGAACUUUCAAAAUCAUCAUUACAUAAUGACAGAUGUUAUCUUUUAUACUGUGGCACCGAUUUAUUCAUUUGGGUUGGUCGAACAACAUCAUUGCCAGAUAAAAAAUCUGUCAUGCAUGCUGCUGAGGAGUUUAUUCUCAAAGAAAAUCUGCCAAAGUCAACUCCUGUAACCCGUAUUGUUCAAGGUCAUGAGACAAGUUCAUUUAAAUCCAACUUUGCUUCUUGGUCAGUAGCUUCAGCAGCUUCUGCUCCUGAGGAAACUAGAGGAAAAGUAGCAGCUCUGCUGAAGCAACAAGGUGCUUUUGCCAAAGGUCAGACAAAAACGGCUCCUGUAGAGGAGGAAGUUCCACCUUUGCUUGGAGAAAAUGGAAAAAUUGAGGUAUGGCGUAUUGAUGGUGAAGAAAAGACGGAAUUACCCAAGGAGGAUAUUGGAAAAUUUUAUAGUGGAGAUUGCUAUAUUUGUCUUUACUCCUACCAUUCUGAUGAAAAGAAAGAAGAUCACUACCUGUGCUGUUGGAUUGGGAAGGAUAGCAUCCAGGAUGACCAAAAAACAGUUGUUCAACAAACUACUUCAAUGUUCAACUCUAUGAAAUGCAAACCUGUUCAGGGUCGAAUGCAUCAAGGAAAAGAAGCACCACAAUUUGUUGCUAUCUUUCAGCCUAUGGUUGUUCUCAAGGGUGGAUUGAGCUCUGGUUAUAAAAACUACAUUGCAGAGAAAGGACUGCAUGAUGAGACCUACAGUCCAGAUACUGCUGCACUGAUUGAAAUAUCAGGAACUUCAGUUCAUAAUAAUAAAGCUCAACAAGUAGAGAGGGUUGCAACAUCUUUAAAUUCAUAUAGCUGCUUUAUCCUACAAUCCAGUACAAUGGUUUCUACCUGGUAUGGAAACCAGAGUACACCUGAACAGCAGCAAUUAGCAGCAAAAGUUGUUGAACUUUUGAAGUCUGGAGUACCUGUAAACUUCUCUAGAGAAGGAAAAGAGAGCUUAGCUUUCUGGCUUGCACUUGGUGGAAAACAAAGCUACUCAAGUAGCAAAGUAACACAGGAAAUCAUCUGUGAACCUCACUUGUUUGAAGUAAUAAGCAAUAAAGGAAAGUUAGAGAUUGAAGAAGUUCACAGCUUUGAACAAGAUGACUUGUUUCCAGAGGAUGUCUAAUUAGAUACACAUGCUGAGGUCAUCGUUUGGGUUGGUCAUUUAGCACAGUCAACGGAAAAACAAAAGGCUUUUGAAGCUGGCGAGAAAUAUGUAGAGCUGGCUGCAUCUAUGGAUUCCUUGUCCCCAUCUGUUAUAUUAUACAGAGUAACAGAGGGAAACGAACCUUGCUUCUUCACAACAUAUUUCUCAUGGGAUCCUGCAAAAACUACUGCUCACGGAAAUGCAUUCCACAAGAAGGUUGUGCAACUCUUCGGCUCAGGCUGUGUAGCAGAGAGCCAAGAUGUUAAGCCCCCGGGAAAUAAACUUAGUGGGGCCACCCAAAGAGCAUCAGCCAUGGCAGCUUUAACCUCUGCUUUUUCAAAAUCAACUACUGCUCCUAAAACUCCUCAACAUGGACCACCUCCAAGAAUGCUAGCUCGUGGGUCCCAGAGAGCGGCGACAAUAGCCGCCUUAUACUUUAUAUACUCUUGAACCAUGUAAUUUACUUUUUACCCUCAGUAGCAACAUAGUUGCUGUUUCUUUAAACUUGAUUUUGAAUGUGUGUUUUUGUCAUUAGUGAUCCUCACUGGUUCUCCAGAUUGUUCUAUUCUUGCAAUUGAUAUUGAAACAGGAUCUUGAGUUAGUUAUGGAUGGAUGUUCAUACAAUUAGGUAUUAUUUUCAAUAUUCAUACAGUUAGUUAUGGAUGGAUGUUCCAGGUAUGAUUUUCAAUAUUCAUACAAUUAGGAAUGUUCAUACUUGAGGUAUUGUAUCACUUUUAAUAAAGUUUGAAAUGCAUAUAGUAAAAGAUUAGGUCGAUUUACCUUUUUUUUGUUUUUUUAGGAAAUCAAGGAAAAUGGCACCACCAUAUAGAGUGAUGCUACACAAUGACAACUACAACAAGAGGGAAUACGUUGUGCAAGUGUUGAUGAAGGUUAUACCUGGAAUGACAGUCGACAAUGCAGUUAAUAUCAUGCUCUUGACCUGGACACCACUGUAAAUUGUAACUUACUCUAAAUUUUAUAUGUAAAUUUUAUUUUAUCUUUUGAAGGGAAAUUUACUGAAUAUUGAUUGGUUGAUGCAGUUAACUAGAAUUGGUCGAGAUGCAGUUUUAUAUGUUGAGUCGCUCAUUGAGUCAAUCAUGGGAGGAUUGGAAGGGCUAAUCAACAUUCUUGAUUCUGAAGGAGGUUUCGGCUCUUUGGAGACACAUGUUCUUACUAUUUUAUCAAUUUCCUUAAAAAGUUACCAAAUUUAUGUAUUAAAUUUGAUAAAGCUAACUUAAUUGCUUUUUUUAAAUCCUAGCUUCUACCAGAAGUCAGCUGAAACUACAAAUGGCUUUUGAUGGGCAGGAAAGAUAUAUGUGAUGGGUUUUGGUCAUAAGACAUCCUAUGUACUCAUACAAACCCUAAAGCUCGGAUCUAGGUUUCUCUAUUGUACAUACUUUGA